GAGCAAAGAAGCUACUACUGUAGGGGCUCCUGGCCUUACUACUAGGAACAAGAAGCUACUAGGAGCAAGGGCAUCGCUACUAGGAGCAAGGACACAGACGGGUCGCCUCCAAAGUUCCUAGCGGCCGAAAGAACGCCAGGAGGUGCUGAUUAUAACAUAGAUUGAUGAUAUGAUAUCAAUCUCCUUAUUAUGAGGAACGCACAUUCAUUCUUAUUUGUUGUUUUUUGGGAGGGCGCUGGUGACAUUGCAACGCAGUGCUUUUCCACGUGGUUGCUAACUGUUGAGGAGUCCCCAGCUCAACUACAGGGAUUUCAUUAUCUCAUUCCCGCACAUAGUUGAGGGUUCGCCCUCCAGUAGAGUUUUGAGAGGUGCUUGCUAUUGAGUUGCUUGUAGAAUCCUAUAUAUAGGGUUUGUUUUUACUACUAGACCCACCAAGCUUGGCAGGAGUCUCUUAACACCGACGGCGGAAGUGGGCAGCUUCGGUUUCAGAGUCUUGAACCGACGGGUUUUUGAUUAUUCGAGUGGCGCACGUGAAGGGCCCCAUCCUGGAAUCAUACAGGCACAAUCAUACAGGAUGUGAUGACUGGCACGUAGGUUUUGCAUCUUUUUGAUUGAUUUUGCGUUGUGUAAACAUGUUCUAGAUCAAUAUUUUUUUGCUCAAGGGAUGCCCUUGUGACCUGGAUGAUUCCCAUCAGAGUUACAGUCUAGACCCUGCGCACUAGUCUGGUGUUUCGGCUCAAGCAGAACGCGGGUGAUUUCUUUGUUUGAGACGUCAAUUGCCAUCCAGCCAUGCCGUCGUUUGCGCACUUCAUCUCAAUCGUGGCCCUGGUGCUCCCAGCCGGGGCAAUUCGGCAGAAAGAGGGUGAGCAGAGUGGUUGCUUCAAAGGUGAGGGCCAUUGUUGCCAUGCCAAAUGCGAUGGAUCUCACGAGUUUGGAGAUCAAACGCUGAAGUACACGAAGUGUGAGAUCCUGGAGGGUGAGUUCCGGAUGAAUGGCAAGCGCAUGACCCCAGGAGACUUGAAGAAGGACGGCUUGGAAGUGGCCGAAAGUGACUACGUUUGCCGGGAGCGCUGCAAUGUGGAAGGCAAAGGGAUUGAUCGCCCUGACACCAUCGUCUACCGUGCAGGUGGCCUACCACACGUUCGCUUCGGAGAACAGCUGUGCCCCUUCGACCUCAAUGGAUAGACCCAACUUGACGACUGCAGAGCCACUGCCGUGCGUCGUAAAACAUGGGCUGCGCGACUCCGCAGCGUAUCGCGACGACAGAAUCCCAGCCCCUCGUAGCGUUCUUGCU